CACACCCAGCUUGCCGUGUCUGGGAGAACCGGACAGACAAGUCGUCACUCUGACAGGAGGAGACGAGGCGACGACAAGGCCGCAUAUCCGAUAGACGGUCACUUCGCUCACGCGUUUACAAGAAGGAAGGAUGGCUCUGGACAGCAAGCGGAAGGAGCUGCUGUUGGGAACGCUGAAGGAGCUUGGGGAGGACGAGUUCGAGGAAUUCAAGUUCUUUUCGGGCCUGCCUCAAAGCGUACAAGAAAACCCCAGCCGGGUGAUCAUUGCUAACGCACUGGUGAAGAAGCAUGGCGAGAAUACUCUGGAGGAGACCAUCAAGAUUCUGGAAAAGAUCGGCAACAAGAACUUGGCCGAGAUGCUGCGUGGCAACGUGCUGGAAACAAAAGGCGCCGUCUUCUCCAUCCACGAUGAUGAACAGAUUGAUAGAUUGAAGGCAGACCUGCAAGAAAAGCUGCAUAGUUUAUACAGCUUUGUUCCUGAGGGCAACACCGAGCGCUGGCAGCAGCAGCCUCUGGCAAACGUCUACACGGAGCUGGACAUCACCUACGGGGCCGACGUCAGGCCCGACGAGCGACACGAGGUCCUUCAGAUGGAGACGCGUGCCGCCGCGGCCAAGACGUCUAUUCUGCCGUGCGACAUCUUCAAAAGCCAUGACGGGCAGCCGCGACCGAUACGCACGCUGCUCACCGUCGGCUUUGCGGGAAUAGGGAAAACCUUCCUGGUUCAAAAGUUAGUGUGCGACUGGGCCAGUGGGAAUAAAAACCAGGACGUACACUUUAUAUUUCCCUUUACCUUCCGCGAGUUGAACACCGACGAAGGAAAAAACUUUACGCUGGCCAAGCUCAUCCGAUGCUACAUCUGUGAGAGCAGGCACAUGAGCGAGGAGACUCUGAACAUUAUAUUAGACGACCUGCAGAAGUCCGGGAUACGGGACUACGAAAGCAGCCGGAUCAAGAUCUUGUUUGUCUUGGACGGACUGGACGAGUGCAAGUUCAAAAUGGACUUGAAGAAUGAGAAGAAAGUAGACAUAGACGUGACGGUGGCCUACUCGCUGGAGAUACUCCUGGCGCACCUCAUCAAGAGGAACCUGCUUCCGUGCGCCCGGGUUUGGAUCACUACGCGGCCCACAACGGCACGCGAUAUCCCUUCCGACCUCAUCGACAGCAGAACCGAGGUGAGAGGAUUCAGUGAUUCCCAAAGGCUGGAGUACUUCAGGAAAAAAUUUCAAAAUGAGGAGCGUGUCAUUGAGCACAUCCGGAAAACACGCACCAUCUUCAUCAUGUGCCACCUGCCCAUCUUCUGCUGGCUCACCGCCACAGUUCUUCAGGAUCAUUUGGACAAAGGGAAGGAGGGAGAGCUUCCCACAACGCUGACAGACAUGUACUCGGAGUAUGCUUCUAACCAGCUGGACAAGUCCAAGGAGAGACAGACAACCGAAUACACCGAUUACGUGAAAGUUCUAGCAAAGCUGGCCUUUCACCAUACCAUGAGUAAGCAACAGAUCUUCUACGACAAGGACCUGGCGGACAGCGGCUUUGAUUACAGCCAAGCCGCAAAACACUCCGGAAUAUUUACCGAGGUGUUUAAGGAAGUCCGUCCGCUCAGAAGAAACCAACAGGGCAAGAUGUUUCAGUUUGUCCAUCUGACCAUCCAGGAGUAUCUGGCCGCAUUCCACGUGAUGAUUUGCCUCUUCCACGACAACAAAAACAUACUGGAUGAUUCAGAGCAUGCAUUUGAAUGUGUUUCCCAAGAAGAAGAAAAAUCCAAAGUAUUGGAAGAAACAAAAUCAGAAGAUGGAGAAAAAGAAUCAGAAGAAGAAACAGAAGAUGAAUGGGAUUGGAAAAUCACUGAGGUUCACCGGUCAGCUCUCCAGAAAGCCUCAGAGAGUGAAGGAUACCUGGACAUGUUCCUCCGCUUCCUCCUUGGCCUUUCCUUGCCGUGCAACCAGGAACUAGUGGGGGAACUUCUGAAGGCUCCUCAGGACUGGAGGCAAAACAAGUCAAAGAGUGUCAAAUUGAUCAAGAAAAUGAUUAAACGGAACACUCCAGAGAAGAACAUCAACUUGUUCUACUGCUUAAACGAGCUGAAGGACGACUCUUUGCUGAAGCAGUUUCAGAAGGAAAAUAGUUCAUACGAUAUUGACUGGGACAACAUGCCAAAUGACAUGUGGUCAGCCUUGGCCUUCUUUUUACUGACAGACGACGAAACCAUGAAGUCCUUUUACCUGGCGAAUUAUUCUCGUUCGCCUUUGGGGCUCGAGAAACUGUUGGUGGUGGUCAAGGCUUCUCAACAAUCAAUUCUAUAUGAUUGUCACCUGGACAAAGGCAGCUGUCACCUGCUGGCUUCCGUUCUCAGCUCUCCAUCCAACCUGAAGCAUCUGGACCUGUCCGAGAACGAUCUGUCUGACGAAGGGGUGGAGAUCCUCUCAAAAGGACUGGCCAGCCCAAACUGCACCUUAGAAGAGCUCACUCUAGUCGGUUGUAACCUGGACAAAAGCAGCUGUCACCCGCUGGCUUCCGUUCUCAGCUCUCCAUCCAACCUCAGGCAUCUGGACCUGUCCGAGAAUGAUCUGUCAGACGAAGGGGUGGAGAACCUCUCGAAAGGACUGGCCAGCCCAAACUGCAUCUUAGAAUCCCUCUACCUAACCAGAUGUCACCUGGACAAAGGCAGCUGUCACCUGCUGGCUUCCGUUCUCAGCUCUCCAUCCAACCUGAAGCGUCUGAGCCUGAGCCGGAACGAUUUCUCAGACGAGGGGGUAGAGAUCCUCUCUAAAGGACUUGCCAGUCCACACUGCAAAUUACAGUCCCUCAGUCUAUGGAAUUGUAAGCUGGGAAAAGGCAGCUGUCACCCGCUGGCUUCCGUUCUCAGCUCUCCAUCCAACCUGAAGAGUCUGGACCUGGGUGGGAACAAUCUGUCGGACGAAGGGGUAGAGAUCCUCUCGAAAGGACUGGCCAGUCCACACUGCAAGUUAGAGUCCCUCGAGCUGAUAUAUUGCAAGAUCACGGAUAAAGGAUGCGUUUUUUUGGCCGAGGCGCUCAAGUUGAACCCCUCCCAUCUUCAAGUGCUGAAUUUAAAUGUCAAUGAAAUAAAAAAAAAAGGAAAGGCGGUCUUAUUGGACGUCCAAGAGGAUCCCAGCUAUUGCCUGAAGGCUGUCUGGGUUUGGAAGAUAUCUCUUUGUGAGGUGAGGAAUUGUACCCAUCAUCUUAUCAAAAGUAUACACAGGUACAUGCAAUUAACCUUCUCGAACACACACAUCUACAGUAUAUGAAAAUUGAAAAGAUUGAUAGUGAAGAAAAAAAACUCAAAUAUAACAUUGAAAAAAAAAAGUCCUGAAAAAAAUAUUGACAAUAACCUAGUCCAAUUCAAUUUUUCAGGCAUGCGACUUAAGAAAGUUUGCUCUUGAACAGGACACGGAGCUACGUCAGACAGCCCACUCGCCACUCUUCCGCCAUUUGCGCGCUGCUGUCACUCACCGAAACGCCGGCUCAUCCGAGUAAAACAACGGCAAACCCAGCUCAUGCUGUUCCUUGAGUUGAUGAAAUAAUGCAUAAGCUUGCGCAAAAUUUAGUUUUCGAUUCUUUAAUCACGCUUCAAAGUUGCUCGCUCAAUCCUACGGGCCAUCGCUUACGACGUCGCCUCCAUCUCCUUAGGUGGCGCCACCCUCGACAAUUUAUUAAAAAUGUUAACAUUACGUCCGUCCUUCUUGACCCUACAACGGCUCUUGGGAUAUGUAGUCUUUGUGGUGCUUUCGGUUUUGAAAAUGGACAAGAAAUGAUGGAAAUAUGGACAUAAACACAUGGUCCAUGCAGCGUUUUAAUGCUUAUUUAUGAGUGCACUAAAACUCAAAUGACAUUAUCUCCCGUUUUACUUGACUUGAAGUCAAAAGUGACGUGGACCUAAACUUCCGCACUUUCAAAUGAGACCAGGCAGUUGCACAUGUGUGACAUAUCGACAGCGUGACGAGGCUUCAAAGAUGAUAUGGGUAAAGUGUCGCAACUGACACAUUCGGUGUUAAAGGGUUAAAGUGCCUGUGACACGAUAAAAAAAAAAAAAUCUUAAAUAGCAUUAUUAUUCAUUCAAUCAUUUAUUUUCCAUGCCGCUUAUCCUCACGAGGGUCGCGGAGGUGCUGGAGCCUAUUCCAGCGAACUACGAGCAGUAGGCAGGGUACACCCUGAAUUGGUUGCCAGCCAAUCGCAGGGCACACUGAUAAAAACAACCAAUCACGCGCACUCUCAUACCUAUGGACAAUUGAGAGUGCUUAAUAAGCCUACCAAGCAUGCUUUUGGGAUGUGGGAGGAAACCGGAGUCCCUGGAGAAAACACACGCAGGCACGGGGAGAACAUGCAAAAUCCACACAGAAAGGCCAGAGCCCAGGAUUGAUCCCUGGAUCUCAGAACUGUGAGGCGGAUGUGCUUACCACUUGGCCACUGUGCAUAAUUACUGGAAUCAAAAUGUUUCAUAUUUUUUAAUAUUUUGAGACAAUUUGACUUUAUACAACAAUUUGGCAAAGCAUAGAUGACGAGAAAUGAGUUUUUUUAAUCUGCAGUUUAGCCACUCCUGUCAUUAUAGCGCUCUAGCGCCUCCAGCUGGGUGGUGACGUCAGCAGACGAUUUCAGCUGAUUUAGAACUCCGCCCAUUGAGGGAGAGGAGUUUUUAGAAUUAGGAAAAUGCGACAGAGAGAAGCAAAAUGUCAUCAUUUUUUUUAAUCUCUCUCUAUUCCAAUAUUUUUACAGGAUAUUCUUUUUAUUUACGUAUUUUUCCCCAAUUGCAAAAAAAAUUGUAUGGUCAUGACAAAUAACAGCCUUGUGUUGAAUGGAAUAUUAAAUAAUAAAAAUGCAUUUAUUCAGUACGGCAGGGCUAAACUACUGCAUUUUCGUCAAAACUGCCAACUUCUUAAAACUCCCGAACAGUAUUUUAUGCCACCGUAGUCCGGCUUUUAUCAUUUCCCUGUCCCGGCUUCGGAGACUACGGUAAGAGCGUCAACAAAACAGGAGGCGUGACAGCUAGGCAACAUGCUAACCUGAGCCGAGCGGCACUUCCAAGUCUCUUUCUCGCCUUUCGAAAAGGAAAAAUCACACAAAAUUACCCCGACUUGUGUCACACAAGGCAGCGGGGGUGAUUGUCUUCACUGAUCGACCAGCCCCCGGCUCGUCGUUCUGCUGAGGCCCCGGCAGGCUGGCAGUGCUCGUUUCCGGGGACGCAGAGGGGAAUGAACGCCAAACCGGCCGAUGUCAGCGCGCGUGGCUGCCUGAUGCCAAGCCGAGGAUAGCUUCAUAGGCGGGCUUGCGAAGAGGACCAAAGGGGGGUGGAAGUCUGGACACAAACUAGAACUGCAGAUGAGAGAGCCUUGCUGCCGCGUGGCAUGCGACGAGCCACUGGUCGUCGGCCGAGUGGCCUUCUGGGUGGACAGGGAGCAUUGUCACCCACAAAAUGCAAGCCGCCUCCUUAUUAAAACGUGUGCCGUGAUCCCAGUGUUUCACAUUAAUCUCAUUUUCGUAGUGCGGGAUUCAAAAAAUUGAAUAAAUAUAUUGAUCGCUUACACACACAUGCAAGCUGUCCUUUUCAUUCGGGAGCAUAAAAUACCGUAUGAUAUAUGAAAUAAACAUGCUUUUUUUUUGUGUCACAGGCACUUGAAGUUAAAACAAUACAAUUAAGAUGAAUAAAAAUAAUACUUGCACAAAUCUUAACACUCACCUCGAUUUAUGUGGGACAGCCAGGGCUUGAACUCCAUUUCUGUUCAUGUUGGGUCCCAGCUAGAUUGCCUGUGUUUGCUUUCAUUUCUCCUUCCCUGGACUUAGUUGGUCUUCCUGAGCUGAGUCUCAAGCUGUGAUCUUGAAUCAUUCUUUGAAGACGUUAUCCAUAACGUUAGCCAUAGCCAUUUGGUUAUUUCUACUCCUCAUUUCACUAGCCUGGGGCAAAUGCGCUACUAGGACGCGCCGAUUCGGGCCAGAGACACGCCAUAAAGAACUUCGACGUUAUGUCCAACAUCCAUAUUAAGGUUGUUUUCAAAGGCUCAAACACCAGAAUUACAUUUCUUAAAUUGAAAGAACUUUAUGUGGAUUUUUUUUUUCAUGAUUUCCAACUCCGCGGAGUCCGCGCCGACGUCAGGCGCAGGUUUACAACAGGAGAACCGAUGUGAUUUUCAAAAUAAAGCGUGUAAAGAAACAAUUUGUAUUUGACGUGCUCUUUCAGAUGACUAAUGGCAAAUACUGCGUAAUUAAUUAGCUACAGAAUAUAUAUAUAUAUAUAUAUAUAUAUAUAUAUAUAUAUAUAUAUAUAUAUAUAUAUUCAUUUAGACGUCUUGUUGAAUUACCCAAAUUAUAAAUUAGAAUGUAUCUUUAAAUCUUUUUUUUUUAAAUUUUUUUAUCUCAUUUGCAAGGCGUGGCGGUGCGCCACAAUCUUUUUUGUGUAGGGGAAACCCUGGUGUUCAUUCACAUUUAAUUGUGAUUCUUUGUGUUUUUCUUCAGGUUGAACAGUCAGCAGAUGACUAAGAACAAGGUUUGAUCAAUACGUUAAGAAGGUCGAGUCAUUCCAAAUGUUCAUUGAGCCCAUUUGGCCUCCUUCAGAUUUAGUUGGGUCCUACGUACUGUCCGACGACCUCAAGAGCACCGGGUGUCGACGCUACGGGCAAGAGCGGCCACGCUCACCUAAUUUGAGGAGGUUCGCUCGCUGGCGUCAGGUGUUUUGCUGCGACGCCGCUACUGACAGGUGGAGUUCAAGGAGGGGUCUACGAUGCUCCCACCAAAAUGCUGGCAUUUUUUUUUUCUGACAUGCAUUGAAAUAUGUUUGUCACGAGUAAACAAUUCAAUCCAUUUGGACUGGGAGGGGCUGACCAAAAGGAUUGGACUUCCGCCACCGUCAAUGGCAGCCAAUGAGUUCAAUCAGGACCCUUUGAAAGUUUAACUUAUGUUUUUCACAAAUUAAAAAGAAAAAUGUCAUACGUACACUUGAAAUUGUUUUGCCUAUUUUGAUUAAACAUGGAUCGUUUUCACAUCUUCAUGUAAAAAAGAGGAUCAAAUGUUGUUUUGUACGAGAACAGUAAAACCCUAACCUGAAGUAAAAGAUCGGAAAUCACCAAACAAUCCACCAAAACCUGAAAAAAAAAAUACACUGGAAAUGUUUCAUCCACUAAACAAGUAGUCCUAAUGGUAAAGAAAAAUAGGUCCUGAUCACAGCAGGAGGGCAAUUUCAAAGAUGAUGAUGAUGCUUUACAUUCACCUGGACAGAUGUCCAUGUUAUUUUUAUGACAUACAAGAAUAAAGUCAUAAUAUCAUAAUCACAAUGAAAAAAACGCUACUCUGAUGACAUGAUUUUAAAUAGACACAAUAGUAAUAGUCAUAAGGAUAAUUCUUAAAGUAUUCUUUUCACCAAAUACUUCUUUUACUUGAGUGAAUAUUUUCCUAGGACUACUUUUACUGAAGCAAUAUUAUUUGGAAGUAACGCUACUCUGACUUGAGUACAUUUUUGGCCACCUACUUUUGGUCAAGUAACAAACGACUCUUAGGCCAAAUCAGCAGAGUAAGAGUAGCAUUUUUUCUUCGACUCAAGAAAAAGUCAAAUGGAUGGCAUGGUGAAACUACUCCUAGAAUUACAUUUUUCUUCAAAAGUUAGUUGAAAAGUAAAUGUUACGGAAUGAAUUUGACGCAUCCGGACCCACCUCUGGCCCUGAGAGAGAAAGAACUCUUUGACGUUUCAGGACCAGUCUCUAGCGUCCUGAUUGGAUGAACGAGAAAAGAAAACUUGUGGACAGCGAUUCAAAAGUUUCGAUCAUUUAGACGUCAAUGGCAGCCAAUUAACUUAUAGAGACAUUAUUGUAGUUGAAAAAUUGGCUAGCAACCUUCUGCUUCCUUUGGCGAGACCAUACGGUGCUAUAUCACCAUUCUGAUAUUUUGUCAU